AUGUCAACGUUGGACUUACCAGAAUUAGGGAAACUACUACAGUCAUCAAAAGUAAAAGAUAGAAAUGAUUCAUUAAUUCAAUUAGAAACUUUAGCAGUUUCUAAAUUAAAAUUAAGUCUGAAACAAUUACGUGAAUUAACAACUGCUAUAUUUGUUUUCAUUAGUAGUGAUUCGAAAAUAUUUAUAAAUGGUAAAGCCAAUAAUAAUUUAAAAUUGAUCAGUGUAGAAUCAAGAUUGAAUAAAGCAAGUUACUACUUAAGGUUAAUUCUAGAAAAAUCAAUCAAGUUCAAGUUGAAUAUAAAGUAUAAGAUUUAUUUAGAUAUAUGUUUCAAAAUCAAGGAAUUAUUUUAUUUACAAAAUGAACUAGUAUCGCCAUGUUCAGUUGAUUUUGCCAUUAUAACUUCAUCAAUUUUAAAUUUAAAAUAUGUGAAUGAACACCUAACAUCAAAAGAUUGGUCAAAUUUAUUUUACUUUUUAAUUGCAAUUAUUGAUAGAAUCUUGGAAAAUAAUAAUACAAGAAUUGGGAAUAAUAUUGGAUUAAAUGAUAAAUUAUUGAUCGAAUUUUGGAAUUCUGUACAAGCUUUGUUACAAUGUGAUAGUUCAAUUAGUGCUAUUCAAUUGUUUGAGGAUGAUAAGUAUUUUAAAUUAUUACCGAUCAUGAAUAAAAUUAUAAAGUGUUUCAGUAAAGAGCAUUUGAUUUAUAUUACAUUAUUUAAGAUUAUUAAUAAACUCAUCAUUCAACUAGCCACAGUCAACUACAAAUUUGUCAAUAAAUUAAUCAAGUUGGGUUUAAACAUAAUGUUAGUAUCUCAUAAAACUCAUUGGGAGAAACUUCAAGAUCAAUUUUUAAUAUUUAUCAACCUAGCACCUACACACCACUAUAUGAAUUUAGAAUAUUUACCAAAACUUGUGGGAGAUGGAGAAAUUCAAUUUACCGCAGAUAUACUAGAUGAUUCAAUAGAAACUCAAAAUGAAGAAAACAAUGAUACUAAAUUGUGUUACAAUUUGGAAGUUUUGAUUGUUAAUUUAUUAAAUGGUCAAUUGGCUACUUUAGGUGAAUUGUCUGUUGAUCAUUUUGGAUUGAUACCAACAAAUAAUGAUACUACAUGGUUUAAAUUAAAAACAAUGUACUUGAAAAAUAAAGAUUGUAAAGCCUGGUUGAGAUUAUUAGGUACUGUAAAACUUUUAAAAUCUUAUUUUGAAGUCAGAAAAGUAGAAGUUGUUGCUACAAGUCCAAAUGAGGUUCAUAAUAGAAGUUCAAAAUCAGAAUUUUUCAACAACUAUUUAGCAAACUCAAAUGAUAUGUUAGAAUUUUGUAAUUUUUUAAUAACUUAUACAGCAUCUCCACCAAUACAAACUUUGGGCAUACAACUUAUUACAUUCUACCUAGAACAUUUCACUAUAAGUUCAGAGAAGAUCAACAGAAAAACAACAAAUGGUGAAACAAUUUCAUCAACAGAAGCAACAACCACUGAAGCUACAAACACAACAUUUGAUUUUACAUUAUCCAACAUUACAGACAAAGAAGUAGAUUUACAACUUUUACUACAGCAUUCAUUGGCGAUAGUAGUUAAUGCAAUGAGUAAGAAAUGGAUUUUACUACUAGGAAGGAGUAUAAUUUCACAAGGUUAUAUUAAACUAUUCAAAUCAUUUAAUAGAAACACCUUGCUAUGUCAGCUACUCAAAUCUUCAUUAGUAGAGUUGAGCAAAGAAAAUUAUUUUAUUGCAUGUAAUUUGAUUUUUUCAAUAAUAUCGGAAUAUAAUUCAAAUUUAAACAAAAUUGUUGAUGAAUCAGUUCUAACUCAAAUAAUUACAGUUAUAGAUUUUGCCGAAGCGAGUGGUCCAUUAGCAAUAAACAAUGAAAGUUUCAAAUUUUGGUACGCUGUUAAUAAGAUUACUAUUGAAUUAAAUGUGAAAAAAAAAAAUAUAUUAUCUCAAAAAAUUGAUGAAUGGCUUGUUGCUAAAUGGAGUAGUUCAUUCAAAGCAGAUCGUGAAUUUUUAUCACUGACUUCAAAUUUAGCUGAUUUUUUGAGUUGGUUAUCUGGGAAUACAAUAAAUUAUCGCAAUGAUUCAGCAUUACUCGAAUUAUAUGAUGGUCCAUUCUGUUUACCUAUGUACAUGCAACAUUUUCAACAAAAAUUAGAGUCAUUUAUUAUUCUAGAAAAACCUUCAUCUAUAGAACAAACUUCAACGACUCCAAUUGAUCUGAUAUCACCAGCUAAAGAUCCGAAAUUUUAUACAAGAGUACAAGAAACUUUUAAAGAAUUAAAUGCAGAUCCAUCUGAUCAUAUGAAUUUAUUGAAAUGGCUAAUAGUUCUACUGAGGUUAGUACAGAGCUUCAAAUUUUCAUCAAAAGUGGAUUGGGUGGAUGGCUUGAAAUAUCAAUUAGUAAUUGGUGUUGAAUCUUUCCAUACUUUGGAUUUAAAUAUAGAAGAUUCAGUUCAAGUUAUUCAAAUACUUAACAAAUUUGCAUCAAACAUUGUGAAUGAUCCUUUACAAACAAUGUCAAAAUUUCCAUUCGAGAGAAUUUUAGAUUUAGUGGAACCAAUUCAUAUUCAAGAAAAUAAAAGAACACCUGCUAAAAGACCAUAUAAUGAUGACGAAUUAAAUAAUGAGUUUGCUGACAUACGUGAAAAUAGUUCAACCCCAUCAAGUGAAUUGGGACAUGAAUGUUCAUUCAUACAAUUAUCUCACGAACAAGUACCGGUGAGUCAAUGUUUGGAAUUUAAAAUCACAAGCUUACAAGUAGAAGGUAAAACACAAACUGAAAUUUUAAAUCAAUGUAUUUCAUUCAUAGAACAUCUUAAAAAUGAAGCAUUUUUACCUGGGUUAUGGUAUUUAGUUGAAACAGCUUUGUCGGAUUUAGAUAUUUCAGAAGCUCAAGUUUUCCCAUUUAUUAGACUUAUUAGAUUAUUGGGAGAAAGAUUAUUAUCAAGUCAAAUUUUUGACAGAAAUGAAGUAGUUUUAGUUAUUGUUUCAAAAAUACUUAUGUACUUAAUUCCACAAUUAAGGGACGUGGGAAGUGAUGGUUUAAUAAAAGAUUGUUCGGAUAUAAUUAAUUGGUUAUAUGCAUUAGGAAACAAAAAUUUCAUAAAUUCAGAAAUUUCAUUACUUUUUUACAUACAAUUUCUUAUCACCUAUUCUCAACACAAUGAUGAAAAUUUGAUAUCUCAAUUAUCAUUAAGAAAUGAGAUUUUUCAAAAGUUUCAAAAUUCAAUUAAUAUUAUAAAGAUCAAAUUGAUGUCAAAUUUUUAUAAAAAGAUUCAAAAUUCAAAUACCGUUUUGCAGGAAGAUACGUAUUCAAGAUUAUUUGAAUCCUUCACUAAUGCACAUUCAGGACAAGAGAACGCAGCUACUUUUACACUAUUUUUCUCAGAAUUAGCUACUUCAUCACCAAUAGUAUUAAGAUUUGUCAUAUUCAAUUUGACAGAAUGUUCAAGAUUUGCUUUCAUGGUCCCAUACUUAGAGAAAGGUUUUAAAAUGAUAUGUUUUAACUCAAACCUAAAGAGUUCAAGAGAUUUAUAUAAAUUGGUUAAAUUAGAUUUAUUACGAAGUUGGUGGAUUUUCAAUUCAUUUAACUCUUUCCCAGUUCAAUUAUUCAAGUAUAAUAAUUUGAAUGUUUUUUUGUUUGAAAAUUACAGAGAUAUAGUAGCAGUCAUUAUAUCAACUAAACAACAACAACAAUCAUCCAACCAACUUGCAAAUCAAUUUCUUCAAAAAUUAGCGGAUUUAAAAGAUGUUGAAAUUGAAGUUAUCAUUGCUGAAAGUUUAUCAAAAAUUAUUCCAUUAUGUUAUUCAAAAGAAGGUAUUAAAAAUAAAUGUUUUGAAGUUUUAGGCUCCUUUUUAUCAAAUUUAAAAGAUGAAAUGAGAGAUAAUAUGCCUUUGAUUGUUUUAGAAAUCUUGACUAGCAUAGAAAUUUCAAAAGAAAGUGAUUUAAAAAAUUAUUCAAAAGAUCCUAGACAAACUUCUGCUUUGAUUGCUGAUGAAUCAAUAGGUGUUGAAAGUUAUUCCAAACUGUGUAUUUCAAUAAGUUCAGGAAUGGAACUAGUCAAUCGUAUUGUUCAAAAGUUUCAUACUAAUGAUAAACCAUUUUGGUGUUGUCAAACUUUAUAUUUUUUGAUCAGAAGAAUUGGAUUGUUAUUAGCUUCACAAACGAGUACCAUUGAAAGACAGCUUGUUUUGAGGAAAAUCAAAUUGAUUAUUUUGAUUGGUGGUAACAAAUUGUUGUCAUUAGAGGUUGUAAAUUUGUUAACUGAGAUCUUAUCCCCGUUAUUAAAAGAUGAUAAUUUAUCACCAGAUGUUUUUAGGAUUUUUUCAGCUUUUCAAAAUCUAUACUCAAUCGAGUUUGAGCUUUCAAAAACUUUGGAUACUAAUUGUGCAAUUCUUGUUGCCCUAAGUGAAUCAUUGUCUGACAAAUGGUUUAGUAGCUCUUCGUUUAUUAGCUUGGUAGUACAAUUUGCUAGCUUUGUUGAUAUAGUGUCAUCGAAAAAUCAAGUAUCACCAAAACUUAAAAUCAUCACUGCAAAAAUCAAGUCAUUACAAGGUGAAGAUUUUAACUUAAAUGCUUCUGACAUUAUGGAUUGUUUAAAGAUGAAACCAAAUUUCAAUUGGAUACUGCUUUGCUCAUAUUGUUUUGCUUUAGUUAUUGAUCCACAUAAGACUACUUCCGAUCCUUGUGUUAUCAGAACUUUACUCCAGCUAGAUGAUUCCCAGUUAAAGAUGAUAUUAUCUGAAAAAUUUAAGAUUUGGAUUUCAAAAUGUUUAUCUGAUCAUUUCUGUCAAGCUAAAUCUAUGAACCUACUAUUGUUGAGUGAUAACUCAGAGUAUCAUGGACCUUCUGAAAAUUUUUUACACAGUCAUUAUUUCGACUAUGUAAUUGAAAAAUUGGUUGAGUAUACCAAAUCUAAUAAUGUUGAUAAUGCUGCUUGUGCUGAAUCAGUAUUGGCUGUAUUUUUUGAGAGAUUCGUCAAUAAUGAAAACGAAUUAUCCAAUUUUAUAAAUCUGAAAUAUUAUUUUGAAAAGAUGCAGAAUUAUAUUCUACCAUUAAGAUUGCAAACCUGUGUUUUAUUAAAUGAUGAAUCAGAAUUAAAUUAUAAAGACUUGAAUUUGCAAAGUAUUAUUGAAGACAUUAAUUCAUUUUAUAUUAUUGACAAUUCCAAAUGGUGUUCAAGUUUAUAUUUGGCGAUUCUAAAGGAAUUAGCUUCAUAUACAUCAAUUGGGUCAAUAAUGAGUACUUUCUUAGUUAAAGUACCUGAGUUUGCUUCCACAACUAUUGCAUCGUUAAUUUGCUUUUAUUUGCUGUUGGCUAAAUCAGAUGCUGAAGAGAUUAUUGUAUCAUUAUUAAAUGCAUUUGCAAGGAUGAAACAUGUCGAUGAAGAAUCUUUAAGAGUUAUAUUAACUAUUGUUCAAAGUAUAAGAAUUGCUGCCAAAACCACUAAUGUCAAACAAUUUUAUAGCAUCUUAUCCAGAAUUGAUCUUGUUGAAUAUUUUAAAAUGGCUGCUAAACUGAAAAUGUUCAAAUUUGCGUUUAUGUUAUUUGAAGAUGUUUAUGCCGGAUCUGAAGAACCAACUGAAUGUUUAGAUACUCACUAUAAUGUUUUACAACAAGUUUAUGAAAAUUUAGAUGAAGAUGAUUUAAUUUAUGGAUUACCUGAAAAGACAGGUUUAGAUCAAACUUUAAAAAUGAUAUCAAAUACAGUACCAUCUGAUAUUCAAUUUCAAUAUAGCAGUGCAUGCCUUGAUUCAAGUAUGAAACUAGGUGCAAAUAGAUUAAAUAACAACUUAAUUCAUUGUAUGUCUAAUUCAGGAUUAUUAGGUCUUUCACAAAUUAUUAAUAAUGAUUACGCUGGUGGUACUGAUGAUGCUUAUGAAUGGAGUUGGAAACUAUCUCAAUGGAAUAAUCCAGUUCCUGUGGAAGCUAAGGAAGAAAACGAAAUCAUUUAUAAAACCUUGAAACAAAUUCAUGAUUUUCCACAAGAUGGAAAAGAUAUUUGUGAUAAAAUGAUAUUAGAGAUUAUGGAUAAUGAUAGAGCUUCUCAAAAUGAAGGUGUAAAAGAGAAAAAAGAAAGAGAAUAUGUUUGGCUCAAAUCAUUAGUAACAGUAUCAACGAUAGGUGAUACUUUAGCUUAUAGAGAUGAUGACGUUUUACAACAACAAGAUAUUGAAAAAGUUGAUUUCAAUAUGUUUGAAAAUCUUAUACUAGCAAAACAAACUACAUUCCAAAUUAUGGCACAACAAUUUGAUACAACUUCUCAUAACUUAGAUGGAUUAUGGUCAUCUGCAUGUAAAGAAUUGGUGGUAUAUAACAAUUUAGCAAGAUCCAAUAAUCAAAAUCAGAAAAUGAUUUCAUCAAUGGUGAUGAUUGAUGCAAUUUGCAAAAAAUUACAAGAUUCUCAAAAUCCUGAGGUUCAAAAUAUGACAAAUUUAUCACUUUUCCAAGCCGCUCAAUCCAUGUGGAAACAAGGUAAUACGAAUGCUCCAGUGUUAAUGUUGAAAGAAUUAUAUAAUGCUGGUGGAGUUGAUAUUAAUCAUGACAAUAUGAAAGUAGAUAAAUUUUUAAUUAAAGCAAUGAUGAUCAAAUGGAUGUCGGAAUCACGUCAGGAAUUAGCUUCGAAUUUAAUGGAAAAUCAAGUUUUACCAACAGCUGAAAAGGCUUUAAUGCUUAAUGAUGAACAUCAACAAUCCAAAAUUUUCAGAUUAUUAGCUCAGUUUAGUGAAGCUCAAUAUAAAUCACCUUCAUUGACUGAACAAAUUGAGAGACUUGAUAAAAGAGUUCAAGAAAAACAUGAUGAAAUUGAAGAAUUAAGAGUUCAUUAUCAAAAUAAAAAUGUGUCAUCAGAUGAAAAAAGGGAUAUUAAUAAGUUCUAUAAUAAGUUGAAAAUUAUGUAUGCUGCUGAGUCGGCGGAUUUGAAAUAUGCUACGGAGAGUAGAAAACAAUUUUCAGUUAAAGCUGUAGAAUUCUAUUUGGAAAGUAUGACUAUUCAUAAUUUUCCAGAGGAAGAUUUGGAUAAAUUUUUUGCAUUAUGGUUGGAACAAUCAAAUGAUGAUGAAUUGAACUUGAGAAUUGAGUCAAAAUUGUUAGCUUUACCGUCACAUAAGUUAUUAAGUUGGUGUGCUCAAUUAAUAUCAAGAUUAUCCAAGGAAAACACUCCUUUUCAAAUUAUAUUGAAAAAGUUAAUUUUACAAAUGUGCUUUGAUCAUCCUCAUCAUUCUUUGUAUUUAUUAUAUUCCUUGAAAAAACAAUUAAAUUUGGCUCAACUUGAUAAGAAUCCAUUACUUGAAUCCAAAGCUUUAUCAGCUGCAGCUAUAUGGAGUGAAUUAGCAAAUCAAGAUGUUCGAUAUAUACAAGAGGUUUUGAUUCCAAUUGAAAUAUUUAGUAAUGAAUGUAUUAAAUUAGCUGAACACAAAGUUACUAAAGGUAGAGUCAUGAAUUUGGAUAAAUUAAGCUAUGGAAAGUAUUGGUUGAAAGAAUUACCUAAUAUACCGCCCCCUACUAAGACAUUGAAAAUUGAUUUGACAAAAGAAUACAAAGAUGUACCUGUACUAUGGAAAAUAGAUAAUAAAUUAAAUUUAGCAUCAUCAGGAUUAAGCUUACCAAAAAUUGCAACAUUCACAUUAUCUGAUGGUUCAACUCACAAAACUCUAUUAAAGCAUGGUACUGAUGAUUUACGUCAAGAUUCAAUUAUGGAACAAGUAUUUCAAAAAGUUCAACAUAUUUUUGCAAAUGACAAAGAAUGUAAUAAAAGAAGUUUGUCAAUUAGAACUUAUAAUGCAGUACCUUUAGGUCCGAAUUCUGGUAUAAUUGAGUUUGUUCCGAAUUCAGUUUCUUUAAUUGAUGUCAUUAGACCUUAUCAUUUAAAACAUGAUAAAUUAAAAAUAGAAAAAGCUAGAGAAAUGAUGAAAAAUGCUCAAAAUAAAGAUAAGAUUGAAAGAUUACAAGAAUUUCAAAAAAUUGAAAGUAAAAUACAACCAGUUUUGAGAUUUUUUUUCCAAGAUCAUUUUUUAACUUCUGAUAAAUGGUUUGAAAGUAAAAUCAAAUAUACUCAUGGUGUUGCUACUACAUCAAUAGUUGGUCAUAUGUUAGGUUUAGGUGAUCGUCAUUGUAAUAAUAUUUUAUUGGAUAAACAAACUGGUGAACCAAUUCAUAUUGAUUUAGGUGUUUCAUUUGAUCAAGGUAAAAGUCUUCCUAUCCCAGAAACAGUUCCAUUUAGAUUAACAAGAGAUAUAGUUGAUGGAUUUGGUAUAACUGGAGUUGAAGGAGUUUUUAAAAAAUCUUGUGAACAUACAUUAAGAGUGUUGAGAGAAAAUAAAGAUCAUAUCAUUUCAAUUUUAGAUGUGUUACGAUGGGAUCCUUUAUAUUCAUGGUCUCUAUCGCCACUUAGAAAAAAGAGAUUACAAGAGGAUGAUGAACCUGGAAUUGGUAUACAACCAGAAAAAGGUGAUUCAGAAGUGGGUAGAGCUAUACUGAAUGUUUCUGAUAAAUUAAUCGCAAAUGGUUUAAGUACUGAAGCAGCAGUAAGAGAAUUAAUUCAAGAAGCUACAAAUUCUCAAAAUUUAUCAUUAAUAUAUUUUGGUUGGUGUCCAUUUUAUUAA